AUGGCAGGUCAAAAGUCACAGGCUCGUCACUACCGAGUUAUGAUGUCUGUGCUGGGUCUAUGCAAUGCUGGUUCACUUGCUGCAGCCAUCAAUCUGGUGAUCAUGCUUAAUCCGGAAGACAGAAUUUCAAUAAAACGUGGGGCUGUCCUGACGGCUCUAGGAUUCGUGUAUUUUAUGACUCUGUUCGAGCUGAUCAACAUGGCGGCCUUGUUCACUCAGGCUGGUGCUCGCUUCAGGCACAAAUACAAGCUCAGCUGCGGAGAAGUUCUUGACAUUAGUAACAAGUUGGUGUCAGCUAUCCAAGCGGCUUUCUCAUGCGUGACAGGCGCUGUGGUGUGUGCUUGGUCGUGUACACGUGACUUGUUGAAGUCCUCACACUUCAUGUCCGAAGCCUACGCAUGGUUCGGAGCUGCAUACUUCUUCUAUGACAUCUGGUCCAUGUAUAUGGUUCACGUCCACAUGACAACGAACGCGGACUACUUUAAGAACAGGAUCCGUAAAGUGUCGAAGCCCGAGGGUCCAGCCCCGGAGCCUGUCAAGCGACCCUCGUUCUUCUCAUACUGCAGACACGAACCCGUCAUCCUGAUGCAUCACCUAUUCAUUGGAGGAUUCGGAUUUUUGGUCAUAGUGUAUCUCCGCGGCGGGCUGGGCGACUGCGUGUUCGGGUUCGUGUAUCUGAUGGAGGCCUCCACUCCGUGCGUGUCUCUCCGCGGCGUCCUCUCUCGCCUCCGCCUCAAGAGUUCCCGCGCGUACCUCGCCAACGGCCUCGCCAUGCUGCUAGUGUUCCUAUUGUGUCGCGUCCUCAGCCUGCCGUACGUAUGUCUGCUCUACUCCCGUCGCCUCGGCCUACCCUACUUGGACGCCAUAGCGACUCUGCCGCUAGGCUGCAAGAUUUCCAUCUGCAUACUGCUGUUGCCGCAACUUUACUGGUUCUACCUCAUGUCCGCGGGUGCCGUAAAGGUUUUCUUCGGCACCGGAAACGGAAGGGAGCCCGACCGUCGCAGGUGA